AUGACUUGGCGAAAAGCCAAUCGUGAGACGCAGCCGACGGAGCUGGAGGCGUGUCCAGAAGGCGGGACUUAUGCAGCGCAGCCAACCACAAGGCGGACGAGGGAGGGCGGGGCGCGGCUGCUGACGGCUGGGCGGCGGCCGUCGGUGGAGCCGGCCGGUGGCGGCGUGAUGCUACAGCUGCGGGACACAGUGGACUCGGCAGGCACGAGCCCCACGGCGGUGCUGGCGGCCGGCGAGGAUGCGGGCGCCGGACGGCAGGGGGCGGGCACGCCGCUGCGCCAGACUCUGUGGCCGCUGAACGUCCACGACCCAACACGCCGCGCCCGCGUCAAGGAGUACUUCGUGUUCCGACCCGGCACUAUCGAGCAGGCGGUGGAGGAGAUCCGCGCCGUGGUACGGCCCGUGGAGGACGGCGAGAUCCAGGGGGUGUGGCUGCUGACCGAGGUGGACCACUGGAACAACGAGAAGGAGCGGCUGGUGCUGGUCACCGACCAGUCUUUGCUCAUCUGCAAAUAUGACUUCAUCAGCCUUCAGUGUCAGCAGGUGGUCAGGGUGGCGCUCAGUGCAGUAGACACCAUCUCCUGUGGAGAAUUCCAGUUUCCUCCAAAGUCGCUCAACAAGCGAGAAGGCUUUGGCGUUCGCAUUCAGUGGGACAAGCAGAGCCGCCCUUCUUUCAUCAACAGAUGGAACCCCUGGUCUACAAACAUGCCCUAUGCCACCUUCAUAGAACACCCAAUGGCUGGCAUGGAUGAGAAGACAGCGUCUCUGUGCCAUUUGGAAAGCUUCAAGGCUCUCCUAAUCCAAGCUGUCAAGAAAGCCCAGAAGGAAAGCCCACUGCCAGGGCAGGCGAACAACGUGCUGGUGCUGGACCGCCCUCUCCUCAUCGAGACCUACGUGGGGCUGAUGUCCUUCAUUAACAAUGAAGCCAAGCUGGGCUACUCCAUGACCAGGGGCAAGAUAGGCUUCUAGACAGCUGUGCCCCAGGAAACCAAGGUGGUGGGGACUCCGUGUGCCACCUGUCGACACCUACCGUGGCUGGAGGAACAAGGGCAUUGUCCUGUUAUGUGUCCAGUUAGAAUAGUCAAGUGGACCGUGUAUAUUUAGUUGGAUAUUGGACACCUUGGCAACACGAUCUCAGCCAGGCAGACUCGGCUGCCCCCAUACCACUGUGUUCCUUCUGUAACACCAUGCGCUCCCUCCUCCAGCAUGCCAAGCACGGUGUACCCACCCACUUGUGCAGUGUUGACUGUUGAAUACAGCAGAGUGCAGGGAGCGGCUUCCGCACAUGCACACAUUAACUCUCCCCGCCAAGUGCUCUAUUUUAAAAUUCAGUCCCCCCCUUUUUUUAAAUGCUAACUAUAAUAACAGCCAGCAGACAGGUCACUAAGAAAGACAGUCUGCCUGGCCAGCUCCUAGUGAAUAUGCCUUUCUGUGAAUGUUUGACUUAGGAUCUCACUUUAUAAAUUAAUGCAGGUUGUGGUAAGUAGCCCCUUCCGCGAGUCUUGGUGGUGGGUCUACAUCAUCCCGUCUCUGUUUAAAAGGGACUGAUGAGCUGGGUUUCCAAGUGCAUGCUUAGAGCAGCGAGCGCCCGGGAGCCUCGCUGAGCACCACUGAGCUUUGGCGCGCAGCCACAUGCAGCUUGCCACUGUAGCUCUGGCCUUGCAAAUACACUGUAGAUGUCACUUUAUACCUCUAGCUUUAAGUUAACCGGCAUGGAUGUGAGCAGAAUGUCAUGGCCUGUUCAAGAGGAAAGGUGACCUCAGAUGCACCUGUCUUCAGCCUGUGCUUUUGUUCUAGUAAAGACAAUUAAAACCAAA